AUGUGACAAGGAAAAUACACACCGAAGAGAUUUGUCUAGAUGCCACAGUAACCGACGAUAUGUGAAACCUAGACAUGAUCAUUCGUAGCAAGAUGUGAGAGUUGAAAAGCUCGCCUCUCAGGGAUCUUCUUUUCUCGGCUGCACCUGCCUCCAGACUCUCGACGUCGAACGCACGCCAACCCGCCGACUUGCACAUAUCGCGACGCCAUCCACGAUGAAACUCACAGAGGACGAUCUCUACCGGUCUUCGACGCAAUUCACGCAUUGGUCAUUCACCCUACAACAGCUCGCUGCGCAACGCCAGAAGACCAACCUCCAGGCUACCGAACGCGUCAAGGCCAACGUCGCGCGACAACGCGCUCAGCGCGCCCAACAAGCCGAGAAUGGAAGCGCAAGUGAGGGUGUGGAGAGUGGCAGUGGAGCAAACACGCCAAACGCGGUGACGUCAGACAGGGAUGUGGAUUGUCUGACGGUCGCGGAGGAGAUGACUAUCGUGGAUGAGUUCUGCGAGCGCGCGGUGCAGUUGGGCGCGCAUUGCCAGUUUCCUAUCGAAGUCACUGCAACAUGUAUACAAUUUCUCCGCCGCUUCUACCUCUUCAAUUCGCCCAUGACAUAUCACGGCCAAAACAUCUCCCGAACUGCCAUGUUCCUUGCAUGCAAGACAGAAAACUCACAUCAAAGCGUCGAGAACUUCGCCGGCAACUUUAAGAAGGUGACGGCUGAGCAAAUCCUCGCGCCCGAGUACCUGAUCGUGCAAGCGCUACGCUUCAACUUCGAGAUCAAACAUCCGUUUCGAGGGUUGAAGGGUGGUCAUCUGGAGUUGAUGGAAAUGGCACGCGGAAACUACGAUGGCCCAAACCACAGUGCAGGCGAUGGUGGGGAUGGGAAUACGACUAGCGCAGACACACAAUCCGCUAUGCUUUCGCUGCCGCGCAAAGUAAACGGUCCUGUAUCGAGAAUGACGGUCAAAGACAUGGAGGAACGUAUCACAGCAGCAUACGGGUUUGCCUCGCACAUCCUCAAAAAUGCUGCUCUCCUCACGGACGCAUACUUUCUCUACACGCCUGCACAACUCUGGCUGUCAGCGCAUCUACUCGCCGACGAACCCCUCACCAUCUUCUAUCUCUCUCUCAAACUCCCGCGAUCCUCACCUCUCUACGCCAAGCUGCUCUCCACCAUCCGGGCCUGCGCAUCACUCCUUUCCAGCCACCGCUCCUUCACUGCUGGCACCUUACCAAAAGAGGAGAAAGACGCUCGAGACGUAAAACACAAAGCACACGUCAAGUCCCUAAUCGAGAAGCUAAAAAUGUGUCGAGAUCCAGACAAAGUCGACUUGGUCAAGCUCAACCAGGCACAAAAGCGCGACGCCAUCCAAGGGGAGACUCUAGACGAAAAUAAGGCGAAGAGAAGGAAAUUGGAACGAGAGUCUUAUGAGAAGGAAGCCGAUGCUUUCUGGGGCCCGGAGCUAUCUCAGCAAGAGCCGAAGCUGGGUUGAGUAAUUGACGAUUGAAGUUUUGCAUAGCGUGGCGUUCUGGGCAGAUAUUGAGUAGCGUUUCGGAUGCAGCAUUUAGAAACAACGAUGCGUGGUCUUUGAGCGGAUGAGGCGGCUGUGUAUUGUAUACCCUGCUUCACGGAGCAAGGGCGACUACAGAGUCGAAUGAUAUCCAACUACCUCAAGUUGUCCAGUGUCGACUACGAUUUUUGACCUAUGCAUCAGCCCUGAGCAUGUCGUUGGGCUAGAUAAUGCUGUUGGAGAAGCCUAGGAUUGGUGACGGUUCAGAUCGGUCUCCAGUGCAUGCAUGCGACAUAGGGCUUAGCUCCUGAGAGUAACAUCUCUUUGUCAGCACGUUGCUGUCCAGGAGCACUUCCCAGAGCAGCUG